AGGGCGAGGGAGGCGGCGGCGGCGGCUUCGGCAGCAGCGGGGGAAGCGGCGAGGCGGAGCGGCCGAGAAGGAAGGCAGAGAAAAAGGCGAGCGGGGCGAGAGGAAAGCCAGGCCUCAGCCCCAGCCUCAUCUAAGGGAGCAAGAGCCCUGGGAUUGCAAGGAGGCCAUUUUGCUGUCUGCUUAACAGGUGUGUUCCAAGGACGUUGGAAGAAAAGCAUUCCAGGCGCUGAGGCAGAGCCCAUGGCAGACCAUGUCGACCACUAACAACAUCGCCCAGGCACGGAAGCUGGUGGAGCAGCUGCGGAUCGAGGCCGGGAUCGAGAGGAUAAAGGUCUCCAAAGCCUCCUCUGAGCUCAUGAAUUACUGCGAGCAGCAGGCCAGGAACGACCCUCUGCUGGUGGGUGUCCCAGCCUCUGAGAACCCCUUCAAGGAUAAGAAGCCCUGCACCAUCCUAUAGCCUGCUCCUGCCUGGUCUGUCUCUCAGCGGCACUGGACACCCGAGGCGUGCCAGGGGCAGAGAGGGGCUCCAUCAGGGUGCAGACUGCACCAAGCCCAGGUCCGAUUCUGACCCCCAGGGGGAUCCCAAUCCCAGGAACAAAGUUGGCCAGGUGGAGGAGCACAGGGGGUGCUUGGGGGCGGGGGAGGCGGGCAUGCCCUUUUGGAAACCACCCUGAUGUCCGUCCGGUGGGCCGGGGUCAGCCUGGACGCCAAAGUUCCCCACUUUGGCCCUUGGCAGGUGAGACCAGAGGUGUGGCUCUGUGGGAGAUGGGCUCUCUGCACGUGCGUCUGCGCACUGUGCCCCUUUGCAAAUGACCCACCCUGGAGUCCUUGGUUCAAAAGCCUCACAGGAGCAGUGGGGAGAAGGCAGGAACCAUGACCUGGCCCCCGCCAUUCCCCAAGGUGGCUCCUGCCUUGGAAGUGCCACGGACCCCCUGCAGAAUCCCUGACAGGGCUGGGGGGGGCAGGGGGCACCUUCCUGUCCCCACGGAGGAGGAGAGUCUCCCUUCCUUGGGGAGCAGACCCCCUCCUGUGCACCCCUCCUAACCUGAGCCCCUCGCCCUGCUAGGGCUGCGUCUCCCUGCAUGAGUCCCCCAUAAACAACUCCCUCCUUCAUGAGAGAGCGAAAGGCUCCUUCCUUGAUGGGGGGGCAGAAAGUGGGCAUCUUCCUGCCCCCCGCCUUGCAAGGGAGAAAGGAGGUUCUCUCCUUGGGGGAAGAGCGGAGGGGACUCUGCGGACGACAGCCCUGCAGGGAGGCUCCCUUUGCUGCCAGCCAGGGGUGCUGCGGGGGGUCGGAAGAGGCCGAAGGUGGCCUGUCUCAAGGGGUGGGGGGCAGGCCAUGGGA